UGCAAAAUGUACAAUGGAAUUGGAUUACAAACACCGCGGGGUUCUGGAACUAAUGGUCAUGUCCAAAGAAAUUGGGCAAUUGUACGCAAAACAAAAGACAAAGUUACUUAUAAGACAGAUGAAGGAAAAUUAGAUCAACUAAAUAAACAACCUAAUAAAGAUAUUCUUGACCAUGUUAGAAAAAGAAAAGUUGAAGUCAAAUGUGCAGAAUUAGCAGAUAUUUUAGAGGAACAAGGGAAUGACCAUGUCUGUGACGGUAGCUCCUUUGAAACCAGCUCGUGGACGAGGUCCGGCUGAUGGCCGUGCAUUUUUCGAAACACUCUGGAGAGGGAAUUUUUUCUUGGACAGGCAGAAGGUGAUGAAACGAUCGCGAAAACGAAAAUUACAAGCGGCAAAUGGAAAAAAGCGUGCACAGCUGCAGAUGCGGCAGCAUUGUUGCUGCUGUCAGCGCAUACAACUCCACCUCCUCGCCGGACGGCGAAGCAACAUGCGCUCCGUUGUUAGUGUAAGAGAGACGCACCAGAUCGCCGAGGCGCAGCAAGAGAAAAAUGCAAAGCUACGCGAGGCAUUUGGGAUAUCGGAGUUCUUCGUAGAGGGAAGUAGCCUAGAUCCGGAGAGGCACGCACGUGAGGCGGAGGCAAGAGCGGCGGCGAGCAAAGUGUAUGAAUUAGUACGGACCCCGAGUCCAGCACCGGACACCACGUCCGUCCCGGAGAAGAAAAAACGAAAACGGUCCGGUAGUGCAAUUAAAAAGAAAAAGGGAAAGAAGCAUAAGAAGGAAAGAAAAUGUACACGAAUCCAGGCUCCAAGACCGAACGAACAUCCCCCCGUAGUAGCUCCUCUCCUGACCCCCCGGUUAAUUAUUCAUUUACCGCAAGUUCCACACUCGUUCAUUUGCUUACUACACACCUCUUGUCAGAUACUGACUCAUGACUCACCUACUAUUUCAUGUCCCAUACACCUUUCUCUGUUUCAAACAGAACUGAGGAGGACUGAGUGCCUACCCAGUAGGCUCAGUAGGUCGGAAUCACCGAAGGCUAGCAAGAAGAAAGAAAAGUCUAAAAAAAAGAAAAAGGAAAAGAAACAUAAGAAGACUGAGGCUAGUUCCUCUGACAGUGAUUCUAGUGAAGCUUCAGAUGAUAGCAGCUCUCCGGAAAGGCCAAAAAAGUCUAUGAAACAUGAUAAAACUGUAGAGAAAACUAAGAACGACGAGGCGGAGAAUACGACUAAAGAACCUCGAUCAAAUCGCUCACCAAAGAAGCAAGAAAAAAGUCGGAAUGAAACUCCUCCUGUUAAAAGGAAAGAUUCUCCUAUCAAAAAACCUGCGCCAGAGAAAAAGGAUAAAUCACCGGUUGUGCACAAGAGUCCUCCGCCAAGGCGACAUAGAUCUCCCUCAAGAAGUAAAGUUGAUAGAGGAAGGUCUCCUAGAAGGUAUUCAAGAUCACGUCGAAUCAGUCCUUCCCCAAGAAGGAGAAGGAUUUCGAGAUCUCCGAGAAGAUACAAUAGAUAUUCCGUAUCCAGAAGCAGAAGUCGAUCGAGGUAUGAUCGUUAUGGAUCACGACGUCGGUUAUCACCAUUUCCUAGACGUAGAAGAUCUGAUUCUCGAAGGAGGUCGAGGUCGUCCAGGAGACAAAGGGAUAGUAGACGAGAAAGAUCUAGAGAUCGUCGCAAGAGUCGCAGCAAAACCAGAAGUAGGUCUAGACGAUCUACCUUAAGUUAUUCUCCUGUGAGGAAAAAUCCGGAACGCUACAAGCAUAUAUUAGAGGAGAAGAAGAAACGAGAUCAAAAGAAGAAUCACGAUACCAAAAGGAAAUCCCGGUCAAGUUCGAAAGCGAGAAAAAUGAGAACAAUUACACCGAGAGUCAGGUUACGUUCCUCGAGCGAGGAUGAAACAGACAUAGCAGACGACGAACCAAAAGCAGAGGACGAAGAAAAAAUGAAGGAAAUGCAUACGUUGAAGCGAUUGCAGAGUGGAUUAGCAGCGAAAGCCAGAGAGACUCUUGGCAAGAAGGUAAUAAGUCCAGUAAAGAUCAAAGUUGAGAAGAAAGAAGAUAACGUGUUGGAUAUAGCUUUACCAAAUGACCCGCCCAAAAUGGUACAAAAUGUUAUUGUUGGUCCUGUGCAAGAGAAGUCUAAGUCAAAAUCACCUAUAAUUCACCUGCCUGCUAUUCAGUCUCCAGUAUCCAGCAGAUCACCCUCGCCAGCUUUACCAUUGACUAGAGAGGAGGCAGCUAUAAAAAUACGAUCUCCAAGUGAGUCACCUCCUCCGUUACCACCAGUUUUAAAUAAGAUAGAUUCAAGUGAAUCUCCGCCUCCGAUUCCGACUAACAAGUUAAAACAAAGAUCUGCGUCACCAGUUACCUCGAAAAAGAGUUCUCCUGUUUCUAGAAAGCACUCUCCAAGGGAUAAGUCUUACUCCAGAUCACCUUCCAGGUCGUAUACGAGAUCUGUAUCGUUGGAGAAGAGGUCUUCCAGAUCGCCUCGGCGUCGUUCUAGAUCGGUCUCUAGAGACAAGAAAUCUCGUUCUGUAUCGAGGAGUAAGAAAUCGGCAUCUCCUAGGCAUAAGUCUUCAGCAUCGCCGUCAAGAUCGAAAAAGUCACCGAAAUCCCCGGCCAGAUUGAAGAGAUUGAGCAGAUCAAGGUCUUCUUCGGGAUCGAAACGAUCAGUAUCUAGAUCUCCGUCACGUUCGAAAAAAUCUCCGUCUCAUUCUCCGGAAAAAUCGAGGUCUAGGAGUAGAACCAGAUCGUUGUCAAAAGGAUCUAGGAGCCGAUCUCUAUCGAAGAAAUCUCGAAGCAGAUCUUUAUCAAAGAAAUCACGCAGUCGAUCAUUAUCGAAAAAAUCCAGAAGUCGAUCGCUGUCGAAGAAAUCGAGAAGCCGUUCACGCUCGUUGUCCAGGGUAUCGCGAGACAAAGAUAAGAGAAGCCACAGCAGGAGCAGUUCACGUUCUUCUUUAAGUUCAAGGCAUAGUCGUAGAAGUUUCUCUAGCUCAUCACGGUCAUCAAGCAGCGUUUCUAGUAGAUCUUCUCGUUCAACGUCCAGCAGUUCAGUUUCUAGCAGAUCUCGGUCUCCGUCAAUACCUCGACGUCACGGCUCACCUAGUUUCCUCGAUAGACGUCGUAUCACA